GGCUGCAUGAAUAAUUACAAACGUAGAUACGAAGUUCUCUUUCCCACAUAGUCAUGCAUUAUGAAGAAGAAGAAUCCAGUUACACUCCAUCACCGAACACCAUUAUCAACUUCGGCACUCCCUCGGCAAUCGUGUUCUCGUUUCACUUUCAGCGACUGAGAGCUUCUCACUUUCAUACAUUAAACAGUCACGCAGGUUCAGACCAAACAAUUCGGAAUUAACAAAGCCUAUUAGGCCUUAUUGGAUGUUUAUUGAAAAUGCAUCUAUUGUGGUUUUUAGAUUUAUUGAUUUUUGUGAUGUGCGUCCAACUCGGAUUGACGUCUGCCAGCACAGAUCAAUUCUCAAAUGAAUUUGUUGAGUGUCCAGAAGGAACCUACUUCUCCCACCAAUAUUGCUUGGAGUGCCCCUCGGGUCAUUUUUGUCCUGGAAAUGAAUCAGCGGCUCAGAGAUGUGGCUUGGGAACAUUCAAUCCGUAUACGGGGAAAAGCAGAAGCACUGACUGCAAGCCUUGUUUCCCAGGUCUGAUAGCGUCCGAGGACCGAGUAGAUUGCAAGCUCUGCCCAGCAGGUUUCUCCUGCUUUCCAGCUAAUGGAAGCAUCUCCUUAUGUCCUCCCGGGGAACAUUCUCCUGAAGGGAUUCUCCAGUGUCUAACAUGUCCUGUAGAUUCAGUUUGUACUUUUGGAUUUGCACACAAAUGUGCGCCUGGAAAAGAGCCAAAUUUUGAUCACACGGAGUGUAAUGACUGCCACCCUGGAUUCUACUCCAGCGUGUGUACUAUCCACUGCCUUCAGUGUCCUGCAGGAAGUUACUGUCCGCAUAGCGGGAUGUCCCAGCCGCUCUCUUGUCCACCAGGCUUAACUUCCACAGCGGGUCAGACCUCGUGUCAGAGAUGUAAUGAUACCUACACAUCGUGUCGGGGAGCCACGCCCUCUCUCUGGAGGCGGCAGUCAAGUCAACCCGGUCCAUGUAGACCAGGAACAUACAAACUUGAGGAUUCAGUUUGCAUUACGUGUCCAGUAGGUCAUUACUGUGAAGGAGGUGUCGCUAUACCUUGUCCCGCAGGGAGUUAUGGUCCCAAAGAGGGUCUCCAGAGACGGGCAAACUGCACAAUCUGUCCUGCAGGGUUUUACUGUCUGGAAGGGACCUCAGCUCGGCCCUCCCCUCAGUUCUUGUGCCCAGCGGGUUUCUAUUGUGAGGAGGGCACAGCCAUCCCUCAUGGGUCACCUUGUCCUGCUGGAACAGCAGGAGAACAAGUCGGUCAGACAAGUAGGGCAUCUUGCAAAAGAUGCAGCGAAGGACGAUUUUGUCCUGCUGGCUCCUCAGCUCCUGGCUUGCCUUGCGCUCGCGGAAGGUUCUGUCCUGCUGGCACCCCGGAGGAAGUCACAUGUCCCCGAGGCACCUUCACCCCUAAUCAAGGAGCAAUAAGUUCUAAGGACUGUCUCAGAUGCCCAGCCGGUUUCUAUUGCCCCGAGGGGACAAGUGACCCUGUACCGUGUAUGCCGGGUUCCUUUAACCCUUUGGAGGGUCAGGCCGAGUUGGCUGACUGCAGAGAGUGCCACGCAGGAAAGGCCUGCACUCGGAUCGCUCUGACGGCUCCAGAUGUGAACUGCAUGCAAGGGUUUGCGUGUCCUCCCGGUUCAUCGAAACCUGACGAUCCGAGCAACGCGUGUCCUCCAGGGACACUGAGCAAUCGUACGGACCUCACGGAUCGCUCGCAAUGUCAGCAGUGUCCGGCCCGAUACGCUUGUCUUCGAGGGACUGGUGGGAUCCACCGACCACCUCUCUCCUGCUCUGUCGGCCAUUAUUGCCCACCCGGUACCAAGUUCCCCACCCAGUACAAAUGUCCCGUGGGCACUUGGAGCGGUCAGAGUGGAUUAGAAGCCGAGAGCGAAUGCCAGCCAUGCCCGCAGGGUUGGUAUUGUUUGGUAGGAUCGGGAGCGCCGUCGGGCCGAUGCAACUCUGGCCACUACUGUCCCAAAGGGACCGCAUACGGCGCCCAGUUUCCCUGCCCCGCGGGCACGUAUAGCCUCCACAUGGGCAACAGGCAGAAAAACGAUUGCCUGCCUUGCCCCGAAGGCUCAUUUUGUCUCGAAGGAAGCUCCAAACCUGCCCCCUGCCCCCCAUCAACAUUUCGCCGCCUAGAAGGAGGGGAGACGCUGGAGGACUGCUCCACUUGCCCCGCCGGUUAUUUCUGCUCCCACUCAGCCACGGUUAACCCCAAAGUGUGCGGAGCCGGCAGCUAUUCUGACGAAGGUGCUGCAGAGUGUUCUCCGUGCUUGCCGGGGCACUUCUGCAGUAACGAGACCACAAGUGAAGAAACCAUGCUAAGUGUCAUGGUGUGCCCCCCGGGCUUCCUCUGCUCUCAGGGCUUGGCCCGAGACCCUCGCCGCUCAGCCAUUCUCUGUCCUCGUGGCUUCUUCUGCCCUGGGGGAGGCAUUGAUCCCAACCCCAUUCCCUGCCCCAAUGGUACCUACAGUGCCAAUCCCGGUUUAAGUGAAGUCACUGAAUGUGUCCCGUGCCCUGAAGGGAAGUACUGUUUUUCCGAGCACCCUGAGGAGCACCCCAUCACAACACCUACUGGCUUUUGCCCCGACGGGCAUUACUGCCCUAUCGGAACUGGGUACAAAUAUUCCAACCCCUGCCAAGCUGGGCAAUACAGAAGCACAGAAUUUGGUCACAGCGGAGAGGUGUGUGUUUCAUGCCCAUCCAGGCACUACUGUGACCGAGCAGGAAUGCACACCCCCUCUGUCUGCCCUCAGGGGUUUUAUUGUCCUGAAGGAUCCUCCUCCGCUCAAACCUGUCCGGAGGGAAGCUAUGGCUCACGCUCAGCUCUCAGUGAUGUGUCGGAGUGCUCUCUUUGUGGUGCCGGUUGGUACUGCAGUGGGGUAGGCUUGGCAGAGGCUUCUGGUAUCUGCAAAGCUGGAUUUUACUGUAAAGAGGGAGCUAAGUCUGCUACUCCAAUAGACGGAAAGACAGGCGGUUUGUGUCCUCCAGGAAGUUACUGUCCACCAGGUUCCAUCUCGCCUCUUCCAUGCCCCCCUGGAACUUUCAGUAACAGCUCCGGUCUGGGUAGACUUCAAGAUUGUGUCAGCUGUCCACCAGGUUUUUAUUGUUUAGGUUCCAACAACACUUCCCCUUCAGGCCUUUGCUCUCCUGGAUAUUACUGCACUGGCGGAUCCGCUUCUCCCAUCCAGCAUGAAGCAGAGCAGGGUCACUAUACAUUGGAAGGAGCAGUCAAGCCAGAGCCGUGUCCUUUUGGAACUUUCCAGCCACGCCGAGGUGCACAGUCGUGCGUGCACUGUCAAGGAGGUCGACUGUGCAACCAGACCGGUUUGUCCCAGACACCACUGUGCCCAAAAGGAUACUACUGUCCUCCAGCAUCAUCUUCUCCUCACCCUUGUCCUAUUGGUCGGUAUUUAGAUGAGCCUGGUGGUGAAGAUGUGCAGCAUUGUCGUCCAUGUGAGGCAGGAUGGUUUUGCAGUAAAGCUGGCCUCGCUAACCCAGAGGGCCCCUGUGACCCCGGGCAUUAUUGCACCUCGGCAGCUUCUACAGCUACUCCAGUUGCUUUGGAGUCUGGAGGAGUGUGUCCUGCAGGCUACGUUUGUCCCAGAGGGACCAAAUACCCACAACAACACCCCUGUCCAGUUGGAACUUGGAGUAAUAGUUUGGGGGCCCAAAAUCUGUCAGACUGCCUGCCCUGCCCACCUGGACUAUACUGUAACACAACUGGAAUAAUAAAACCUUCAGGGACAUGUGAUCCAGGGUUUUAUUGUUCAGGGGGCGCAGUGUCUCCAAAACCUUUUGAUGGUUUGACAGGGAACAUUUGUCCCAUCGGGCACUACUGCCUCAUGGGUUCAGCCUCCCCUACACCGUGCCCCGAUGGGACCUUCACAAACACAACAGGCGCAGAAGCCUGCAGAGAUUGCCCCCCCGGGAGCUACUGUCUAUCAGGGGAGGCCAUCCAACCUUGCCCUUUAGGUCACUAUUGUCUCGAGAGGGGUGUCGAAGGCAUCCUGCCUUGCCCUCCUGGCACAUACAACCCUCAUUUGGGCUUUAGCCAAGUAGAACAGUGCCUCAUUUGUCCACCAGGCUUCUACUGUGACGACUGGGGUCUUUCUGAGCCCACCGGACCCUGCCAGGCUGGUUACUACUGCAUAGCAGGUGUAAACUUCCCAAAUCCAGAUGUAAAUUACAGUACUGGAGUUGGAGGAGCAUGUCCAAAGGGGACAUAUUGUCCUGAGGGGACCAGUCUUCCGUUCCCAUGUCCCCUUGGAACCUACUCGGAUAGUCUUUACGUGACAGAUAUCAACGGAUGCAGCCCGUGUCCGGCAGGUCGAUUCUGUGCAACCGAAGGUCUGAGUCGACCGUCGGGAAGAUGUCAGACAGGUUUUUACUGUCCAGGUGGAGACUCAGCAGCAACAGGCUCGGAGGGAGGUCUUUGCCCACCCGCUCAUUAUUGCCUGCAAGGCAGUACAGCCCCAACAUCCUGCCCAGCUGGAUCCUACACAAACCUCACAGGACAGUCAAUAUGCUCACCCUGCCCUGCUGGCUACUACUGCCCGGAGAAGACAAGCGACUUUGCUAAGUUUCCUUGCCCGCCAGGGUUCUACUGUCCCGAUGGUACAAGGCAUGCCACUCAGUACCCGUGUCCUCGUGGCUACUACAACCCUGAGCGCAUGACCCAGAGUCUGGACAGCUGCUUGCCUUGCCCCCCUGGAUACUUCUGUGGGAAGGAGCGGCUUACUAAUGUGUCUGGAAAAUGCAAAGCUGGUUGGUUUUGCGUCUCAGCAGCGUGGAACUCCCAACCCUUUGACCUGGAUAAUUACACCAACGCCAACUGUCUGUGCCCCGCCACUGCCACAGGGGGGCGCUGCCAUCCAGGUUUUUACUGCCCCACAGGCAGCUCGGAGCCCCUCCCUUGUCUACCUGGAGCUUUCUGUAACAUCUCAGGUUUGGCUUCGCCGAUGGGUCCUUGUUCUCCAGGUUAUUAUUGCAAAGGAGGAGCCACUGAGGCCAAGCCAACAGAUGGCGAAACAGGCAGCAUCUGUCCAAGUGGGACAUACUGCGCUGAAGGCUCUGGAGAACCGCAGUUAUGUCCCGCUGGCACAUUUUCUGCAGUACCAGGUCUGACCAGCAGGGCUGAUUGUCAACCUUGUACGGCUGGAUUCUACUGCAGUAGACCGGGCCUUAGUACGCCAACUGGGCCCUGUGAUCAAGGUUAUUGGUGCCCCCCUGGCCAAAUUGUUGCGAAAGCUCUGCCGUGUCCACCGGGUCAUUUCUGCCUCAGUGGUAGUGCGGCUCCAGAGUCUUGUCCAUCGGGAACUUACCAGGACAGAGAGAGGCAAGCUGCGUGCAUUACAUGUAAAGCAGGUUACUACUGUGAUCCCAGGCUGAGUACAGCUAACGGCUCCUUGCUGAGGCUGUGCCCAAAAGGACAUUACUGCCCUGAAGGCACAAGCAUGUCCAAGGAGCACCCUUGCCCCGUAGGCUCAUUCAACCCAAGAGAGCACACGGACAGCCUUUCAGACUGCAUGCCAUGUCCUGGUGGACAGUACUGUCCUUCGCUAGGACUUUCAGAGCCGGCAGGACCAUGCCUUGCUGGUUUUUGGUGCCAAGGCGGCGCAUCCUCUCCGACCCCGUUGGAUGAUCUUUCCGGUUCAAAAUGUCCUCCUGGUCAUUACUGCCCAGCAGGCGCCACUGCUCCUAUGGAGUGUCCCACGGGUAGCUGGUCGAACAGCACAGGAUUGCAAACACAGGAGGACUGUCAAAUCUGUCUUGGGGGAUUUUACUGUGACCGAGCUGGGUUGACUUACCCGACUGGACGCUGCCUUGGAGGGUAUUACUGUCUUGGGGGAGCUGUCACACCCAGCCCGACUGAUGGAAUGACAGGAGGACCUUGCCCCGAAGGCUCUUACUGCCCCGAAGGGACGGGCGAACCAAUACCUUGUGAUCCGGGGACAUAUGCUGCCGUCACACAUGCCACUCGGUGUGAGCCUUGUCUUCCAGGCUGGCACUGCGUGACUGGCAUCUUGCAACCGUGUCCUCCAGGCUUCUACUGCCCUGAGAAAACUGGCUUUGACCUGAGAAGCUGUCCAUCAGGGACAUAUGGUCCUGACCCGGGAUACUGGUCUGUCACUCAGUGCAAGCAGUGUGAUGGAGGCCAUUACUGCUCCUCCACAAAUGGCACAGCUGUCAGUGGAGCGUGUCAGGAAGGAUAUUACUGCGUCCGUGGAAACGACGUUCCUCGACCAGACUCGCCGGCUGCAGGGGAGGGGGGGCCUUGUCCUGUUGGCCAUUAUUGUCCCCAGGCCAGUAUCCAUCCUCGACCGUGUCCUCGUGGUACUUUCUCCAACCUCACCAAAUUAGCCUCCCAGGAGGAUUGUGAGCCCUGUCUCCCUAGUUACUACUGUGACGCUGUCGGCCUCUCGGCGCCUUCCGGAAAAUGCUUGGAAGGUUUUUUCUGCGCAGGGGGGGCGCUUCGGCCUGAUCCAACUUCAGGAGACGACGGUGGUGGAUUGUGCCCAAAAGGUUAUUACUGUUCCGAGGGCUCCGCGGCUCCUCAGCUCUGUCCCCGGGGAACCAUCAGCAUGGAGGACGGCCUAGCCAGCUGCAGUGCCUGUCCCCAAGGGUUCUACUGUCCUGGAAACAGUAAUGGUUCUUUCUAUGAGUGUCCAAAGGGUCAUUACUGCCCAGUUGGGACGUGGUCCAAAUUCCUCUACCCAUGUCCAGCUGGGUCCAUCAAUCCCUUCACUCAAACGGCAAAGGUCCAGGACUGCCUACCAUGUCCACCAGGUUUGUUUUGUGCAUCACCUGGAUUGGCUGUCGCAUCAGGCCAGUGUAAGGCUGGUUAUUAUUGCACCUCUGGGGCUUCGUCACCCACAGCAGCUGAUGAUGGCUUGACAGGUGACUGCUGUCCUGAGGGCCAUUAUUGUCCACAGGGUUCCUCAGCUCCAUUAUCUUGUCCAGCGGGACAUUACAGCAAUCAAACCGGGAACAGUCAAAUAUCUGACUGCUUGCCGUGUCCCUCAGGGUUUCUUUGCACCACCGGAGGGCUCUCUUUACCUUCUCUCAUGUGCUCAGCUGGCUUUUACUGCCCGAGCCUCAAUGCAUCAAUACCUUGCCCUUCUGGAAAUAGGUGUCCACCUGGAUCUCACAAACCAGUACCUUGCUUGCCAGGGACCUUUCAAAAUCUACCUGGGCAGGCCGAGUGUGUUACAUGCCCUGCAGGAUUUUACUGCUUCAUGGACGUGGGCAAUAUGUCCGGGAUUCACACUCCCAUGCUGUGUCGUAAAGGACAUUAUUGCCCACCAGGGUCACCGUCUGGUGUCCCAUGCCCAGCUGGCACCUUCAGCGACCAUAUGGGCUUGCUUACUGAACAGGGCUGUGAACUGUGUCCUCCCGGAGCGUACUGUGCCUCCUCUGGACUGGAAGCCCCCAGUGGGUUCUGCUCUCCUGGGUAACACAGAUUA